AUGACCGCUGGUGGCCUGGCUCAGCACACGCAGCUGAUCUCCCAUAUGGGCAACCUUGGGAGGUGGGUCAAAGUCUUGCAUCUUCUUGCCAAGAUGCGAACUCUCCGCCUACAACCAAACGUUAUUACCUACAAUUCCAGUAUCCAUGCAUGUGGUCGCAGCAAUUUGUGGCAGCAAGCGCUGGCUUUGUUGUUUGAGAUGAAGCACAAAUACCUGAAGCCGGACAACAUCUCUUACAACACCAGCAUUACCGCCUGCGAACGGGCCUUGCGUCCAGAUUUGAUAGCCCAACUCAUAGCUGAAAUGAGCCGAACAAGCAUUGAAGCAGACUUGGUGACCUACAAUGCGAGCAUCAGUUCUUGUGAGAAGAUCUCUGACUGGGCUGGUGCUUUGCAUGUGCUAUUUUCCAUGCACCAAAGGCUUAUCCAACCUGAUGUGGUGACCUUUGGAGCCAGCAUCAGUGCUUGUGAAAAGGGUUCUGAAUGGCUGGCAGCUUUGGACCUACUUGAAGACAUUCACCGCAGAAGGCUUCAAGCAAACGUCGUGGUCAACAGUGCUGCCAUCAGCGCUUGUGCGAAAUGCUCUAACUGGCAGUAUGCUUUGUGGAUCCUGCAAGACAUGGAGGCUCAAGAACUAAUGGGAGACGUCGUGGCAUACAGUUCGGCAAUCACUGCCUGCAAGAAGGGAGCGGCCUGGGAAUCAGCACUGGAACUCUUGCGGGACAUGAAGCAAGUUGGGCCACUACCAAAUCUGAUUACGUACUGCACCAGCAUCAGUGCAUGUGAGAGAGCAUCUCAAUGGCAUGCUGCAAUGUGGCUCUUUGAAGAGCUGCAAGGACAAUCCUUUGUGCCAAACCUGAUCGCUUACAGUGCCACAAUCAGUGCUUGUGACAAGGGAUCGUUGUGGCAGCAAGCGCUUUGGCAUUUAGAAGAAUCUGGCUUGCUUAGUGUGAUGCAUGCAAAGUGUUGCACUGGGUGGGUCUUGGUUUUGACGUUUCUCUCGUCGGCCGUGGCCAACAGAGUUGCCAAUCGCAUCCUUUUGGUCCCCAUGGCUAAGCACAGCUUGUUUCUUUCAUUGGCCACCAGUGCUGCCCAGUUGGCUGCUUAUGCCCUGCUGCUUCUCAGCCGUUCCUGGCAACAGCCUUCUGGUCGUCCGUUUCUCCUUUUCGUGGCCGAUUUCUGGAUUCCUUUGUUCCUGACUGGGCUGUGUGAGGGGUGCUUUUAUCCCUUGGUUUUUUCAGCAGCAGCGAAGUUGCCGGGCGGUUUGGUCCAGGUCUUGAACCAGUCCAUUGUCCCGUAUACUGUUCUUUUCAGUGCGCUCCUGAUGGGCCGUUCCUAUGAGCCUUUGCAGCUGUUGGGAGUUGCUGUGGUUCUACUUGGCGUCCUGUUUGCUGUGGGGAUGCCCCUUGGUCUACACGCAGAAAGUCUAGAGAUCUAG